AUGCCUCCCGUCCAUAUCGACCGCUCUACUUUUACGUCCACCGACGCGGGUCUCUCGCGACCCCUUCACACCGUCCUCCCGCCUUCUCGAUCCUCUGAGUCACCAUCCGUCCACUCUUCGACUUGUCCGAUUCUUCCCGAGCCCACCCACCGACUACAACCCGCGCAAACUGUUCACGAUUACGGCUGUCUGGUAGCAGAAGAUAAACACACAAAAACACUGGAAUUUGCAAUGGCUAUCACAACGUUUCACGUGCCUCUGGGUGUAAUAAUGAGUGAUUUGCACGCCAAUAACGCGCCAAGAGCAGCCUCGAUUUACUGUUCCAUUGUGGGAAUACCUGUCCCCUCCCCCAGCCGCCACUGCCACAAAGACUUGUCCAAAAGUCAGUGUGCUGAGGCGCCAAUUGGCAAUAUCCACCGUGGUCACGGGGAUCAUAUGAACUUGAACAUCCGCUAUUGUGCCCUCGAGCUUGCAUCGCGGCCGUAG